UUUAAAGAGGAUACAGCAAUGCACAAAACAGAUUUGAGAGGAGUACUUAAUGCAAGACAGGACAAUGAAAUGGAAAUACAUGGAUACAGGACAGAUCCGCUCCGGAGUAAACUAUGUAUUGUUGGGUAUUUUGUUUCUCUUGGAUUCCUUUGGCUCUUGUUCUAUUGGAAGCCAAUGAUAGAUAUAUUAUGCCACUGUGUCCCAUGCAGUCUGGAAGAGGCAGAUGUUAUUUUGCUUAGAAGCACUGAUGAAUGUAAGAAAUAUUUUAAGAAGAAAGUAAUAUGGAUCCAUUCAAACUUACUGGAUGCAAGGGCAGACCAUAACACUAUUGAUUUAGAUAAACAGGCUGAAAGCAAGUUAAUAAUGAAGACUAUGUGUAAGGUCCGGUGUAUCACAGUGCAAAGAAUUCGCUAUAUUUGGAAUGCGGUUAAUGGAGUGUUUCAAAAAAUUGGGGUUCUGGAAGACAGAUAUUCAUGCUCAGAUAUACAUCAACAUUUUGGCACAGGAUUAAGUAAAGAAGAACAGAUUGACAGGAGACAGCUAUGUGGUUUGAACACAAUUGACGUUGAAAUUACUCCAAUGUGGAAGCUUCUUUUUAAGGAAAUUCUAAAUCCCAUAUAUUUAUUUGAAAUUUACACAUUAUGUACUUGGUUGGCAACUGGAUAUAUUGAAUAUUCAAUGGCUAUAAUAAUCAUGACCAUUCUGUCUAUUCUUGCUACUAUUUACUUACUACGAAUGCAAUCUGUUAAAUUACACCGCAUGGUAGAAUCCCAUAACAACGUCAUGGUUACUGUUCUACAUAAAAAUGGAGUGAUCGAUAACAUGGAAUCCCGACAUCUGGUACCCGGAGAUGUACUGAUUUUAACUGGAAAUAAAUUUUACUUACCUUGUGAUGCUAUUCUAAUAUCCGGGGACUGUAUUGUUAAUGAAGGAAUGCUAACAGGAGAAAGUAUUCCAGUAACAAAGACUGCAUUGCCUAAUGUGGACAAUGGCAUUCCAUGGAAAGAACACAUUGGUGAAAACUGCAAAGGUCACAUGUUAUUCUGUGGAACUGAAGUUAUCAAGACAAAGCCAUUUGAUGAUGGAAUGGUGAAAGCCGUAGUACUACAGACAGGAUUCAAUACUGCAAAGGGUGAUCUAGUUCGGUCAAUAUUGUAUCCCAAGCCAGUAAACUAUGAACUCCAAAGAGACAUUUUAAAGACCGUCAUCGUGCUUGUAGGACUUUCAUUAGUUGGAGUUGUCUACACAGCUGUUAUUUCUUCACUAAAUGGAGCUAAAACACAUGACAUUGUGCUAAUGAUACUUAUCAUGGCAACAUCGGCCGUUCCAGUGUCUCUUCCUUCUGCAUUGACAGUUUGUACCCUCUAUUCCCAAACCAGACUAAACAGCCAAGGGAUUUUUUGCAUCAGCCCACAGAGGAUUAAUUUAUGUGGACAAAUUAACCUCUUCUGUUUUGACAAAACAGGUACCUUAACGGAAGAUGGAUUAGAUUUAUGGGGUGUUGUUCCUUCUGAAUCUCAUGGUUUCCAGGAAGUACGUGAUAUGAAUUCUGGAUUUACACUAUCCUGGUCUCCCUUACUUGGUGCAAUGGCCAGCUGCCAUUCACUGGUGUUACUGGAUAAAAACCUUCAUGGAGACCCAUUGGACCUAAAGAUGUUUGAAGCAACAGGCUGGGAUCUCCAGGAAUAUAAAAAUGAUUGGAAAGGAGAUGGGAGUACUGGUUCAGAUAUACUUGUUAAACCAAAGUCAAGAAUGCAAUCGGUCCCAGUAGAAGGAAUCACCAUUUUGCACCAGUUUCCUUUCUCUUCCUCUCUGCAGCGAAUGUCCGUUAUAACACAGGUUUCAGGGGAGAAGACACUCACCGUGUUUUUAAAAGGAGCCCCGGAAGUGAUGAUUCAGCUUUGCAAAAAAGAUACAGUGCCGUCAAAUUUUUCAAGCACACUUGACCACUACACAAGCCAAGGUUUUCGAGUCAUUGGCAUGGCUUUUAAACACCUAGAACCAAAUGAAGUUUUAGAUAUUAAACAGUUACAAAGGGAACUUGCUGAAUCUGAUAUUGUGUUCCUUGGAUUUUUGAUCAUGGAAAAUCGACUUAAACCUGAAACUAAACCUGUUCUUGAGGAGCUAAAAUCUGCUAAGAUCAGAACUGUUAUGAUCACAGGUGAUAAUCUUCAUACAGCAUGCACAGUUGGGAUAAACUCUGGGAUGGUUCGAGAUUCCAGCAAUUUAUUUAUAAUAGAAGCCACUGAGCCAAAAGAAAAUUCUCCAGCAACAAUUAUACAUAAAUUAGUUGAAACUAAUGCAAAGGAGGGAAACAAAGAAAAUAUGAAAACAAUGCAUGUUGCAUUCAGUGGAAAUGAAAAUGUAUGGAGCCAAGGCACAGGAGUAGGCAAGUAUAGUUAUGCCAUGAGUGGAAAAUCCUAUGAAAUUAUCAAUCAACACUUCCCUAAUUUGAUUCCAGAUGUCCUAAUUAAUGGGACGAUUUUUGCUAGGAUGACUCCAAAACAAAAAUCUAAAAUAAUUGAAGAUUUUCAAAAAUUAAAUUACUGUGUUGGCAUGUGUGGGGAUGGAGCCAAUGAUUGUGGGGCUUUGAAAAUGGCACAUGCUGGCAUAUCAUUAUCAAAAUUGGAGGCAUCAGUGGCAUCUCCUUUUACAUCUAAAAUCUCAAACAUUGAGUGUGUGCCAAAGCUACUGAAGGAAGGAAGAAAUGCCUUUGUGACAUCGAUAUCUUUAUUUAAAUACCUGAUUAUGUAUACAAUGAUUGAGCUUGUUUGCAUGCUGCUUCUUUUUUGGAAACAAACACUCCUUGGAAAUUAUCAUUACCUUAUGCAAGACUUGGCGAUAACUGUCAUAGUUAUGCUAACAAUGAGUUUAAAUGGCCCUGCUCCAAAACUCGCUCCGUACAGACCAACAGGAAAACUUCUGUCAUCUUCUUUGUUGUUGUCACUUCUUCUGCACACAACUUUUACCAUAAUUGUGCAAACAAGUACAUUUAUUCUGGUGCAGCAACAGUCCUGGUACAACAAAAGUGAUGUUUACGGUGUUUGUCUUCCACACAAUGAAAGCUCCUUCAAUCAAACUAUGGAAAUAAAACACCUUGACAGUAAGAAUGUCUUUACGACUACAUUAUGGUUCGUGUCUGGUUUCCACCUCAUCAUUAUGGAAUGUAUUUUUUCCAAAGGGCGACCAUUCAGGCAACCUAUUUAUACUAAUUAUUUAUUCUUCAUCCUCAUAAUAUUGCAACUAGGUUCUUAUUUAUUUAUGCUGUUUGCAGACAUUGAAACACUUUACAGUGCUAUGGAGCUUGUCUGCACACCUUAUUCCUGGAGAUACACAAUAUUCUGUGCAGUGCUUGUGCUCUUCGGGCUAUCCUAUGGUAUAGAGGAGUUUGUCAUUGAAAACAGAAAUCUGUGGCUAGUCGUGAAAAAGAUUUUCAAAUGCAAACCAAAGAGUGAAUAUAAGAAGCUGCAAAGUUCAUUGGAUAAAGACAGAACUUACUGUGUGUAUCACUGUUGAAACUGUUCUCCUCGUCAUGAAUCAUUAAGUGGCAUUAGGUUCUAAGAACCAAUAUCUCUUCUAUGUAAUAAAUUCAUCACCAAAGCAGAAAGAAAUGUCAGAAAUAAAAUCUAAAUUUAACCUAUAUAUGGAGUGACUUUUGCCUUCAAAAAAAUAAUUAUUUUUGGUAUACUUGCCACCAAUUUUGUAAGGAACUCGGCAGGUUGGUGUUUCCUGUAGAUGUCAUGCCAUCAACCCAGGCCUCAUUCUUUCUUAUGCUAAAAAUAGUUAAUGACUUUGACUGUAUUUAUGGGGUCAUUGCCAUGCUACAGAAAAAAUCUGUGACACUCUUCCCCCCAUAUUGUAUU